AUGGCACAAAUCGGAGAACGACUGAGGAUGCAACUAAAUUACUUGAAAGGAGCUCGGCUUUCCGAAACAAGCACUGUUAAAAUGUUAUCAGUGUUAAAGGCAUUGGCGCAAUGUCACGUUAUUUUGGGUUUGAUUAUGCUUAUUCUGUCAACCUUGGCUGACUAUGUCAGCAGCCGAAUAAAUACUAUCCGUAUGUAUGGACUAGAAGAAUGUUGCUCGUUCUACUUCAUUGUUACCGGACUAGUGGGUUUAUGUGGUGCAGCCUCAUAUAGAAGAGGGCUAGUAAUUACGUUUCUUGUCAUGUCAAUCCAUGCAAUCAUCAUUUUUGUGCCGGCUAUCAUAAUCGUGUCGAGCUUCGACAUUCACUUUUAUCAGGUUGGAAUUCUG